ACUUGCAAACGCCACCACAACAAAACUGUCAGCUGUCAGAUAGUGUGAGUGUUGGUCCUGCGCUCAGCUGCUCACCACCUCCCCUUUAGCUGACGGGAGGACGGCACGCCUAUUCCUCACGUCACGGCCACGACAGGUGUGAGACAGGUGUGGGGCGGCUGCUGGCGGGACAUGACUGGCUGACGUGAUGGAAGAGACAGGAGACAUGAGCAUCAGGAGGAGGAGGGGGAGGGAAGGAGAGGAGACCGAAAGCAGGUGGGAAGGACAGGUGGAGGAGGAAGAGGAAGAGACCUUGCUGGACCUGGAUGAGGUGGUAAAGGAAAGAAAAGAGAAGACAAAAGAAGGACAAGAGAAGGAGGAUGAAGACAAAGAAGGAAAGGAAAGUAAUAAGGAUGUGAAAAAUGACAAAACAAAGAGAGACCACAAGAAGAACAAGAAAGAAAAGGAAGAAGAGAAAGGUAAAGAAAGGAUGUGAAUAUAAGCAAAAGGAGGAAGAUACAGGAGAUAAACCACUGAUGGAGAAGGAAGAGGAAUCACAGGAGAAGGACAAGAAGAGUGAGGAGGAGAGUGAGGGAAGAGCAGAGAGGCAUGAUGCAACUCUUCUUCCUGACUCUUACUGGUUAACAAGAAUUGUGUACCUGCGCUUCCUUGCCUUCAUAUAUGCUGUGGCCUUCCUGGUGGCACUGCAUCAGAACAAACAGCUGAUUGGUGACAAUGGACUCCUGCCUGUCAAAAAUUAUAUGCAGCUUGUUGCCAAAAGGGCUGGCAGUGACUGGUGGGAGAGGAUCAAGGCUGCCCCGACACUGCUGUGGCUGGCCGAGCCUUGGACCACGGUUGACCCAUGGCUAGACCUCAUUGCUGGAGCUGGUCUGACCCUGGCGUGUGUGGUGCUGCUGCUGGGGGCUGCCAAUGUGUUCAUCAUGCUCGCCCUCUGGAUCCUCUAUCACUCCCUCGUGGCUGUAGGCCAGCAGUGGUACGGCUUUGGGUGGGAGUCACAGCUGCUGGAGACGGGCCUACUAGGGGUGUGGGGAGUGCCACUACUCUCCCUGCGGCGCCUCCCUACCAGCAGCCCGCCCCCCCUGGUCCUGGUAUGGGGGCUGCGCUGGCUCAUCUUCCGCAUCAUGAUGGGGGCAGGGCUCAUCAAGGUGAGAGGGGACCCAUGCUGGAUGGACCUCACCUGCAUGAACUACCACUACCAGACCCAGCCAGUGCCCAAUCCCAUGUCAUAUUAUCUGCAUCAGUCCCCUGAGGUGAUCCACAAGCUGGAAACACUGGGCAACCACAUCAUUGAGCUGCUGCUGCCCCUCUUCACCUUCCUGCCACGGUCCUUCAUGAUCACCUGUGGCAUUGGGCAGAUCAUGUUCCAGGUGAUCCUCAUCAUCUCAGGUAACCUCAGCUUCCUCAACUGGCUGACCAUCGUGCCCAGCUUGGCAUACUUUGAUGACCGCUGGUACGCUGGCCUCUUCUCCCGGGCCACUCACCGCAGGGUGGCCCACCUGCAGCACCUCCAGCAGAGAGACUCACCCCUUGUUGAUCCUGGGAACACUCGUAAGGCAGUCAACGUGUCGGUAGGAAUCAUGGUGGCAUUCCUGAGUCUGCCGGUCGUGGUGAACCUCCUCUCGUCACGCCAAGCCAUGAAUACCUCCUUUGAACCCUUCAGAAUUGUCAACACCUAUGGGGCCUUUGGCAGCAUUACCAAGCAGCGCACAGAGGUGGUGUUUGAGGGCACACACCACUCCAAUCCUGAGUCUCCUUCAGCAGUAUGGGAAGAGUAUGAGUUUAAGUGCAAGCCUGGCAGGGUAGACCGCACCCCCUGCCUCAUCUCCCCCUACCACUACCGCCUCGACUGGCUCAUGUGGUUUGCGGCUUUCCAGAGAUACAGUGACAACCCUUGGCUGGUCCACCUGGCUGGCAAGUUCUUGGUGAAUGACAAGACAGUGUCAAGCCUCAUAGCUCACAACCCCUUCCUCGGCAAGGAGCCCCCGAGGUUUGUGCGAGCCCUCCACUACAGCUACAACUACACCUCAGUGGGCAGCGGCAGCCAGGACUGGUACACAAGGGAACUUAUUGGCACCUAUCUACCUCCCUUGGACAUUUCCACACUGAAGCCCAUAUUCAAGAGGAUGAACUGGGCCACAUUUGUCACGCCGGCCACUACCACUUAAGCCAGGCUGACGUGGUGAGGUGGCUGUGAUUAAAGUAGUGUUGGUUGACUUUCAGGGUGAUUUGUUUUCUUUUCUGAUAUUGUCUCUGUCUGUCUGUCUUUUCUUGGACAGUUGCCACAUUCCUCUAUUCUUAUUUGUUCAUUUGUUUCCUUAUAUCUCUCACACUUUACUAUUUGUUAAUUUUAAUUCCAGUUUCCUUCUCUGAUUUAUGCCAAAUUUUCCUGUUUAUUCAUUUAUGUUCAGUUAUGUUAUAGUAAUUGUGCAAUUCCUCUUUCUACUCUGCCUGAUUUUUUUCUUAAUUUCACAUGUUCUCGUUGAUCAGAAUAGUACUUAAAUUCUUUGUCUCUUGUUGGUGAUUCUUCUAUCCUCACUUCUCCGUAUCUACCACUGUAUCUCUGUCUGUCUGUGUGUCUGCGUGUUUGUCUGAGUGAUCUUCAGUUCUUCACAGGUUGCAGUUAAGCACAAACAAAGGAUCAGUUACAGUAUCUUUUUGUUGGUUCAUACUUAUCUACUUUGUUUUUGGAGGAUGUUUUCUAUUGACCUCCAGUUUUACAUUUAUCGUCAUGAAGCACAAAUGGAAACUAUCAAAACACAGGCAAAGGAGACUUCAUUUACAAAUUUGCUUAGCCUCUGGUCAUUAUCUUCUAAUUAACACAGGAUGCAAUAAAACUUGACAGUCUAGUUUA